UCGCGAGCGGGAGGCGAGUCCCGAGUUCGUCCCCGCGUCAAAGUGCCUCGGUUCUCCAGCGCUAGGUCACCGGAUCGAGGGCUCCUGGGCCAGUUCUUCAAGGGCUUUGCGGUUUCCGUACUUUUCCCGUUUUUCGACCUCCUGAGGACCGCGGCCCACAUGCGAAUCAAAAGGUGCGACCGAAACUUCGAAAUUUGGCUGCUGUGAGUCCGGGAAAAGGGGCGAGAGCGAGCGCGCGCGAUCAUCCGAAUUGUAGUCGAGCGAGCGAAUUUCGGAACCGAAUUGGCUCGACGGUCAUCACCGAACAUGGAUCUCGAGGAUUAUCGCCGACACGGAAAGGAAAUGGUCGAUUACAUCGCCGACUAUCUUUCGACGAUAAGAACGCGGCGCGUUUACCCGGCCGUGUCGCCUGGAUACUUGAGAAACAUGAUGCCGAUUUCGGCCCCCGUCGAAGGCGAACCUUGGGAAAACAUUUUCGAGGACAUCGAGAGAUGCAUUAUGCCCGGCGUCACCCACUGGCAGAGCCCUCACAUGCACGCUUAUUUUCCGGCCCUCAAUUCCCCGGCGAGUCUCCUCGCUGACAUGCUCGCCGACGCGAUCAACUGUUUGGGCUUUACUUGGGCAUCGAGUCCCGCGUGCACCGAACUGGAGACGAUCGUGAUGAAUUGGCUGGGCAAAAUGAUCGGUUUGCCGGAGGAUUUUUUGCACCGUUCCGAGGGCUGCGGGGGCGGCGUGAUCCAGACGACGGCGAGCGAGGCAACGCUCGUUUGUUUGCUGGCUGCGAGGACCCGGGCGAUCAGAGACAUUCAGCAGAACGAGCCGGAAGCUUUGCCGACUGAAAUCAACUCUCGGCUGGUCGCCUACUGCUCCGACCAGGCCCAUUCGAGCGUGGAAAAAGCUGGUUUGAUCGGCCUCGUCCGCAUGAGGUACAUCGAGUCCGACGAGGACUUGAGCAUGCGAGGGGAAACGCUGGUCGAGGCCUUGGCCCGGGACCGGGAGGACGGCCUCGUGCCCUUCUUCGUGUGCGCGACCCUGGGAACGACCGGGGCUUGUUCCUUCGACAACCUGCAGGAGAUAGGUCCAAUUUGUGAGAGGAACGGUCUUUGGUUGCACAUCGACGCCGCUUACGCCGGAAGCGCGUUCGUCUGUCCGGAGUUUCGGGGCUGGUUGCAGGGCGUCGAGUUCGCUGAUUCGUUGGCCUUCAAUCCGAGCAAGUGGCUCAUGGUUCAUUUCGAUUGUACGGCCAUGUGGGUGAGGAACAGCCAGUCCCUCCAUCGGACCUUCAACGUUGAUCCUCUCUACUUGAAACACGAGAACUCAGGUCUUGCUAUCGACUACAUGCACUGGCAAAUCCCGCUUUCCAAGAGAUUUCGUGCCCUCAAGCUCUGGUUCGUCAUCAGAAAUUACGGAAUCACGGGCCUCCAGAAACACAUACGCGAGGGCGUCAGACUCGCUCAGAAGUUCGAAGCCCUCGUCCUCGGGGACGCCAGGUUCGAGAUACCCGCGACGAGACACCUCGGCAUGGUCGUUUUUCGACUCAGAGGCGACAAUUCGCUCACCGAAAAAUUACUGAAAAAAAUGAACACUCGCGGACGCGUUCACUGCGUACCCGCUGCUCUUCAUGGAAAAUACGUCAUCAGAUUCACCGUCACCUCCACGCAUACGACGAACGAGGACAUUUUGCGCGACUGGGCGGAAAUACGGAACACGGCGAGUGAGAUUCUCGCUGACACGAGCGGAUCCCCGAUAAGAGUAAAAGUCUCGUUAGCAGAGACUCGCCAGAAGAACGAAAACUUCGGAUCGAGUCUGCUCCUAGCGAAUUCUCCGAUGUCUCCGAAAAUCGUGAAUGGCAGUUUUGCCGCGAUUUACGACACGGCCGACGUCUUCAACGACUGCAUGAAAACUUUUGGCCAACUUCGCCUCGAGGCCCGAGACAGUCCAGCAAUGAGGCGACGCAUCCGGGGUAUUCUCAUGUCAGGAAAACAAUUUUCCCUCGAUUCUCGGAUGGAUCUAGUUCAGGGUUACGUUUCUUGUGCUCGGCCGCUUUCCGAGCCGGCGAGCACCUUGCCGCUCAUGAAAGAGGACGAAGAUUUUUGUCCCGGGACCGAGUCAAGUUUGAGCCUCGACACGGACACGACGAUCGGGGACUCGACGACAAGUUUGACGGGGCAUUCUGAGUCGAUGGUCGACGACGGGGUCGUUGAAAAGGUCGGCCAAACGUCUCGGAAGGUAAACACACCGACGGAAAACAACGUCGUGAACGGUUUGAUCGGCGAGAGGGAUUUUCCUCCGGAAAGGCCGAUAAUUUCGAAGAGCGAGACGAUCGGAGCGAUAAGCAGUUUGUCGAGCGAACCACCUGCGGGCCAGCGGGCCGAGGAGCCGAUCGACUCCGAGCUGAGCAAGAGCGAGCUGUUUAAGGAGAACGGCGGCAGCAUGUGUCGGAAGUGCGGACACUACAAACAGCAGUAAUGCGAUUUUUUCGUUGGAAAUUCCUCACGGGCUUACUUACCUUAUCCAACCAGACGUUUAUUGUUGACCUAACAGAAGAGAGAGAACUAAACAAAAUAAAGAAACAAGACACUCGACUCGAUGCUCGUUCCAGGUCUUAGGUGUGUAGAACACGAAAUCUCUUGAUUAUACUCGACGAUGUUAUUCUCUGAGAAAAACUAAUGUCGGAGGGGGAGCUAAUGUAAUUAAAUUAAAAUGAGAAUAAACGUUACGAGAGACUCGUU